AUGGGACAAGAUGAUGAUCAGCAGCCCGUCAAGAAGACGCUCAAGUCUCUUUUCCACUUCAACUUCUACCGCAUUCAUCUCCUAUACUUCAUCCUUACAAUUCUCAUCACAUCAGUCAUUCUCUAUGGCAGCAACACAGCUUCUUUCCAGAUCGGCUACGCCGACGCUCUUUUCCUGUGCACUUCUGCAAUGUGCAAUACUGGGCUCAACCCGGUCAAUAUCAGCAGCUUGAGUGGCUUCCAGCAAUCUAUCUUGUUCGUGCUGAUGUUUCUGGGAGACCUCACCACGGUUACCAUAUCGGUUGUCUAUAUCAGGAGAUACUUCUUUUCGAGGCGCAUGUCAGAGCUGGUUCAGGAAUCAAACGCGGCACGACGGGUUGCGGAGGAUAUCGAGGACCAGCCAGAGGGCUCUGGUGGUAACGGAUCUUCUGGGAGGAGUCGUUCGCACGACUGGACUCCGGCGAAGAACCAGGCUGAGCAUAGCGGACGAGGCGAACGGGAGCCAUUGAGACCUCGCCGGAAACGUGACGCACCGCUGGCUGACACGCACUUGGCCGGGUAUGGUUCUUUUCCUGCACCAUGGCACUCGAGUCGGGUCAAGAAGAGCUUCGACUGGGGUCAUGGGCGACCGGAACCGCAUGAGCAUCACUAUCUGUCCUUCCAGCCAAGGUUGGACCAUAAGGGACGCAUCACCCAACUCGACGAACAUCAACGCAACGAGCUGGGCGGUGUGGAGUAUCGAGCGUUGAAAGUCUUGAGCUGGCUCCUCCCGCUCUACACGCUCGGCUGGCUCCUGGUCGUUGUGGUGGCGCUGACUCCGUACGCUACGCUCGCCAUUCCAAGCGAGAUUCGUAAUGCACAGUACCCAACGAUCAACCCGAUAUGGUGGGCCAUCUUCACGAGCCUGUCGAGCUACUCCAAUAGCGGGCUCAACUUCCUCAACUCUAGCAUGAUCCCACUGCGCCGUGACUACUUCGUCCUGAUCCUCACGGGGACAGCCAUCUUAGCAGGCAACACCUUGUACCCUGUUUUUCUGCGUCUUGCGGUCUGGACGCUGUCGAAAGUGGUGAGGAAGCAGACGGAGCUUCAUCACUCGUUGAGCUUCUUACUGCAGCACCCUCGCAGAUGCUACCUCCUUCUCUUCCCCGGCAAGAGCACCUGGAACCUGUUCAUAGUCCAAGUUUCAAUCACACUGGUAACCUGGAUCUUCUGGAUCCUCCUCAACAUCGACCAACCGAUUGUCGACCCUGGCUUUGGCGGCGGGCAACGCGCAAUGGAUGGCCUAUAUCAAGCGUUGGGUCUGCGAUCUUGUGGGUUCUACAUCGUCGAAAUGCGCUACAUGGCACCAGCUCUACAGUUCUUCUUCCUGGUCGUCAUGUACAUCUCAGCAUACCCCAUCAUCAUGUCUCUCCGCUCGACCAACAUCUACGAAGAGCGAUCACUCGGACAAGACGACCGGAGCAAGUACGCCGUGGACGACGAAGGUAGACCGAGGCAGUCUCAGUCACAGCUUGGAGUGCACAUCCGCCAACAACUCGCCUACGACAUCUGGUGGCUUAUCGCAGCGGCUUUCCUAGUCUGCAUCAUCGAACACCAGGAGCUGCGCACAGAAAAGCCGGGCUUCACGAUUUUCAGCGUCAUGUUCGAGACGGUCUCAGCGUACGGCAAUAUCGGGCUCUCUCUGGGCGUCCCUUAUAAUUCUUUCUCGUUCUCUGGCGCAUGGCAUGUGCUGUCUAAGCUCAUUCUUCUUACGGUAAUGCUUCGUGGCAGACAUCGCAUCUUACCAUAUGCGGUUGACCGUGCGGUGCUUUUGCCGGGAGAGGAACUCAUGGAGAAGCUGGAUAGGGAGUACUCGACUACGGAUGAUCAUCGAUGGCAGCAGACUGAACGAAGGAUUCGAGAGGAUGAGCGCGGUGCUCAAGCGGAGAUUUCUGGUGAAUCCGGACAGCAGGACCCGGAGCAUGGGCAGCAGUCAGGCAGUAAUGGUUGA